AUGGAUAUGUUCUCUCUAAAAGGUCAGACCGCAGUCAUCACUGGUGCUGCUCGUGGCCUGGGUCUAGCAUUCGCCGAAGUGCUAGGAUCAGCACAGUGCAAUAUAGCUGUUCUCGACGUUUUGCCGGAGCCUUCUCCAGCCUUAUUUGAGCUCAGAGACAAGCACAACAUCAAAGUCGAAUACUACCGCGUCGACAUCACUUCGCGGUCAAACGUCGAAGAUACUAUUGCCAAAAUCGAGAAGGAAUUUCCAUCAAUUGACAUUAACGUCAAUGCCGCCGGCAUCGUGAAGGAUGAACCCUUCCUGACGACUUCGGAGAGCAACAUCGAGCGCACAUUCGCCGUCAACUUCACAGGCUCGUUCCUCGUGGCUCAAGCUUGUGCAAACAGCAUGGUCAGACGCUUGACCAAGAACAGUUCAGAUGGGAAAACUCCUCAGGUCGACCCAUCUCAGGACGGUGGCAACAUCGUCUUUAUCGGCAGCAUCUCGACCCACAUUGCCAGCACGGCGCAAAACAUCAGUGCGUACGUUGCUUCCAAGGCCGCCGUGCGAGGUCUUGUGGCGCCUCUGUCCAUGGAACUCGCUCCCUACGGCAUUCGUGUCAACAGUCUCAGCCCAGGCUAUAUGAUGACGGAUAUGAUGAGAGGAUUGCAAAGUCAGCAACCGGACUUGGUCAAACAGUUCGAGAAGGAGACAAUGUACGGCCGCAUUGGAAAUCCGGAAGAGGUUAAGGGCACGCUGUUGUAUUUGUGUUCGAGAAAAGCUUCAGGCUGGGUCACGGGGCAAGACUUGCUGGUGGAUGGUGGCGCCAGUUCGUGGAAGCAUCCUGCUGUGCUGCAGUAG